AUGACGAAAAUUUUGAUGGAAGAGCUUCCAGAGAAGAAAAUAGGAAUUUUCUUCGGGCCUGUCUGGUCCACAAAGCACCCAUACCCGACUACAACAACAACCAUCAAUAAUCGUUUUCUUCAAAACAAUCAAUGUGCGGGGCAGAUCAGUGGCAACGGAAACGGAAAUCUCGGUACUCUACACAAUGAUACCAUAGAUGCAGUGGUAGCGGUUAAUCAAUGCAGCCCCGGUGCGCACUGA